AUGCUCAACGACACCCAUGUCGAGGCCAACGACACGAGGAUUGAGAGGUGGCUUGUAUCAAAGACGUUCCAAGUGUCUUGCAAAUGGAAAGCGCACCCCAGGAUUGCCUCUCCCCGUUUAGAUGCUGUUUCCGUUUCUGUCUCGGGUCAUCUGUCAUCUCGAAGCGAAGCAUCCAAGGAUGAGUCCUUCCUUCCUGUGGCCAAGCCCAGUCCACAGUGGUCACAUGAGUGUUCUCGUUCGUCCAGCGCUUACCCGCCAAACCAUAAGUCUAAACCGCCCUCCAACUCACAGCACGGUUACUCCACCUGCAAUUCUUCUCCCCACCCUCCCUUCCUCUUCUCCUUCGUCCUCAUUCAACGAAUAUGCGAAUUGGACUUGUCCCACCCUGAACACAAACCCCGAACACCCCACCGCGAUAAAAACAACCCAGGCUUUUUCGGCGUUCCAAUUCACUGCAAAUCUCGAAUUGAACCCACCGCCGAUACCACCAUAAAACGGCACCCGUCGCACUGUUUCUUUUCCUUCUCCCCAUGCUCUCGUCAUAUCCAGUUAGACAAGGUUUUCCAAUUCCACAAAGGCGACACGACUCGACUUCUCCCUCUGUCACCCACUACCUCUAACCCGGUGGCUCUUCCCCGUCUGAUUUCCUUGCAUCGCAUCCAUUGGGCUCGGGUUCCUGCUUUUCACGCUUGUCCGCCUGGCUUGACCCAAUCCCUCUUCCGAGGAGGUGCUCUGUCCACCCUGACCGAGCACCCGAGGCGCAGCUGCAACGCUCCUCCUCCUCCCGUUGGCGCAGUUGCUGCGCCAUCCGGCCCUCCCACUUUGUCGUUUGUCGACUGCUCUUCGACUACCCUUCAAAUUCCUCUCCGACGCAUAAGCCCUCGAAUAACCAUCUCCAUUAACGACGACAAGGACCACGACGUCACUACCGGCGCAUUGUCAAACAUGCCCACCGGCUCAGCGUCCGCCCAGUACCGAGCUUCUUCCUCAAACUGUCAGUUCCAGUUGGACGACUCACAUUCCAUGACACCCCCGCCUCUGGGUACCGACCAACACUCCCGUACCGCCCCCGGCCCUCUUCAGAUCGUAACCGACAUCAACCUCGCCUCCCCGCCUCGGUCAGAUUCCCUAGGCAGGAGCCUCUCCUCGGCCUUUCAUCCCGUCUCCCGAACCCCUAGCUUUAAAAGAGCCAUUGCUGCCGCCCUAGGCACGGGAUCUGCUAUCAACUCCCGAGUGCCCAGCCCUGUGAUAUCGGCCAUGGGCGAUGUCACCCCUCUGCCGUCACCCCUCCUCUCCGGAGAUUCCCCCGGGCCUUGGAAGCGAUUUGCCAAUCGGUCGUCCUCCCGUGAUCCGAUGCCGAACGCGGCCUCCGAUGCGGCCAUUGUCUCGACCUCUAGCGAAUCGUCAGGCGCCGCUCUUCUCAAUGCGCCCAAGCGCAAAACCUACGCCAGCCUGGAGGGAGCGGAGGGGUCGGCUAAGACACCCGAGGGACUAGAAGGAUCCGGUUCCGUCGAGCGUCACGGGCGCAACCGCAGCGUCAGCGAGUAUGUUCCGGACCCUAUGUCGAUUCCGAGAAGGCAAAGCACCGUCUCAGGACCCCGCGUGAAGCCGGAAGAGUCUACGGGCUUGCGCGAGCCGCAUCUUCGUCGUGAGGCCAACCUCGCCGAAUCGCGUGGAUUAACCCCGACAGUCGCACCGCCCCCAACUCCGCCUCCGAGCGAGUCGUCCAAAGAUGCAACCGAUCCGUCCGCCACCGAGAGCAAGCCCAAGGUGCAGGCCGAGUAUUUUGAAGCUUGCCACAGAGACGGCGGAAAGAGGAGGAGAUGGCGAGCCAUCAAACUCCUCGGCCAGGGAACUUUUAGCCGGGUCAUGCUGGCCACGAGCCAGGCGAAUGGCGAGGAAGACGACGACCAGCCGAUCGCCGGCCAGCCUGGCAUCGUAACGCCUACCUCCGACAAGCCUUCGCCGCGCCGGAAGUGUCUAGUCGCUAUUAAGGUAUGCGAGCACGGCCCGAAAGGCGGUGCAAGCGAAGAGCGCAUCGAGAUGAGCCUCAAGCGCGAGUUGGAGAUUAUGCAAAGCAUACAUCACCCAUCUCUCGUCCACCUAAAAGCCUGGAACAUUGAGCCGUCUAGGGCUAUACUCGUUCUCAGUCAUUGCGCGGGUGGGGACUUGUUUGAUGUGGCCACGGCCCACCGCGAUGUUCUCCAGCCGGCCUUGCUGAGGAGGAUGUUUUCCGAGCUGGUGGGCGCGGUCCGAUAUUUGCACGACCGCAAAAUCUGUCAUCGGGACAUCAAACUCGAGACACCCGAACUGGCCGAUCCGACGGUCGACUGGACCACCUACCCAUACUCGGUAGUCACUCUCACGGACCUCGGUCUAUCCCGGCGUAUAGCCGACGACGAGAAGCUCGAAACCCGCUGCGGCUCAGAGGAUUAUGCAGCUCCGGAGGUCAUCAUGGGUUUACCUUACGAUGGCCGUGCGACGGACGCUUGGUCGUUGGGAGUCUUGCUCUACGCCCUACUCGAAUCCCGCCUUCCCUUUGACCCUUAUCCCGGAACCGGCAACGACGGUCACCGCAUGCGCAGCCGUACGAGCCAUCGGAUUGCGCGCGCCGAGUGGCGGUGGAUCCAGUAUGCUGGCGAUGACGGCAACCACGAAGGCAGCAUCGCCAAGUUCAAGGAGAAAGACAUGCUCGGCGCCAUGGAAAUUACAGAGGGGCUCCUGAUGCGAGCAAGGACGAGGUGGACGUUGGACAAGGUCGCCGCCAACGAAUGGGUUGCAGGCGCCAUUCAAGUCGAAGGCGGUAUCCAAUUUCGCGAAGAGGACGAGGGCAGAAGCAAGCUCGACAGAGGCAAGAAGAGGCAAGAAUUUCAAAUUCCCGCGCCAAGAUUGUUGACGAGGUCUUCUCGUCGCACACAGCAGAAAGAAGAAAGCAAGGGUCAUGCAACGAGAAUCGGCAUGUCCCAUGUCCCGUGGAGGAUAUUUUGA